GGCCGUUUUUCUCCACGCGUGGGGGGAACCCGCGGGAAAACAGGGUGGGGACGCGUUCCCCAGUCCUGCCCCGGGGAUGUGGCCAAAACCCUUGGUACCCCUGAGUAUGCUGGGGGGGUCCCCCAAUGGGGUGGGUCCCGUGAAGGCGGGGGAUCCCCCAAACUGGUCUGUGGGUUUUUGGGGGGCUGCUCCCGGCCUGGGGGUGCUCCCCACUCUCUAUCUCCCAACAGGACCCACCCAACAUGCUGCCCCGGAGCUGCUGGGUUCUGCUGCUCUUCUGUGCUGCUGCCAGAUUUUUUGGGUGCCUGGGCCUCAGCACCCCCCUGGAGAACCUGGGGACCCCCCUGGAACUGGGGGUUCCCCCGGAGGUCGUGGUGCAACUCCGCUCGUCCUGCACCCACCUGAGUGAGGAAGAGGAGGAGGAGGAGUUGGCCAAACUGGGGGUCGACCGGUCCAACUGCCGGGCCACUAAGGGUCACCAAACAUCCCCCUGCACUCCAGACGCGCACCAUGGGAUGGAGAUUAAUCACUGUGGGCACAUUUUGGGGUGCAGAGGUGGGAAAAUGAGCAUCUAUCUGGAGUGGCCGAAACUGGAGACCCCCAUCCACCGCAGCCUGCAGUGGCUGGAGGAGACCCUUGUCACCAGUGAGCGGCUCCAGGUGGCCCAGCUCAUGGAGGACAUCAUCCAGGAGAUGGGGAACGUGAGCACCCGUGGGGCCACAGGGCUCCGGGAACAGCACCGGGUUGUCCUGUCCGACCUCUACCGUGUGCAGGAAAGAGCCCGGGACGUCCAUUCCCAACUAGAGAGUGACCUGGACCUUCUGCUGACCCGGCAGCACCAGGUGGAAGAGGUGAUGGAGAAGCUGCAACAGGUCAACCAGAGCCUGGGACUGAUGCUGGUGGCCAUGGAGGGUGCACAGAACUGGCUGGAGAACCACCUGCAACAAUUCCACGCCAACCUUGACCCAGCUGGUUGGAGCCCAAGUUUCACCUCCUGCAUCCUCCACGGCUCCUGCUUUAUGCUGCUGGUCACACUCCUGGUCCCCACGUCACCCCGUGUCACCCUCCUCCUCCUCUUCCUCACCUCCCGCGCCCUCAGCGAGCUUCUCAGCAUCCCAGCGCUCUCUGCUCUCCUGGUCCUUGCGGUGACAGGGCAGUGGCUGGUGACAGCCAUGCACCGUGAUGCUGAGGAAGCUUGGCCAGCGUUUCCCUGCCACCAACUCACCUCCACCCCGGACAGGGAGCGUGAAUUGAAGCUCUUGCAGGAGGAGCUGGACAGGAUGGAUAUGAGCUGCCUGCAAGAGCCCUCAGUCCUGGAGCAGUCCCCAACGAUGGCACAGGAUGUCCCCAGCUUAGGACGAGUGUCACCUGUCCCUGGUGGCUGGAGGUCUAAGCUGAGCUCAUAUGGGGUGAUGCGAGAGCUGGCCCCAGGUGUCAAACCCUACAGCCCAAUCCAGUCUCUGGCCAGCGAUAGGUCCUUGCUGUCCCCACGGUCCCCGUGCCAGGGGCUCACCAGGGUUGGGCAGCGAUGUCGGAAAAAAGCCAUCCCUGGGCAGGACUUCUGCCACGUCCACACCACCGGUAGAACCUUGUGCAGCAGCUUGGCCAUGGACUCAUCCCCCCAUAUCUGACCCUCUACCUCCUCCCAGAGGGGUUUUAAACCACUUUUUUUUGGUGGAGAACAUCCAUGGUGGUGCUUGGGACCCUAUGGCUGCCAUCUGGUACAGGACCAUGCUGAGGGGCAGAUGUUCCUCAUCCCCGCAAUUUUAUACUAUUUGCAUAUAUUUUAAUAAAUGCUGUAUUUACAGCUGGAGCUUUCUCUCCUUGCUCCCCCCCUCUCAAUGGGGUGGCUUUGCUGAGGACUUUGGAACCAUCCCCACAUGCCCAAAUGCAGCAGCAACCACCCAUUCCUGCAGCAGAGGAAUAAC